UGCUACUAUGUUAUUCAUACUCUAUAGUAAUGAUACUUGUAGCUGUUCAGUACAUAGUUCAAACUAUAUAAUCAAUUUUUCUAUGAAUGCUUUACAACUCUGUCAUAGCUCGAAAAUUGAAACAGUGGAGCAUACUAACUAUGAACAUCGGUAUUCAACGUGAUCGCGAUAAAAUGCUAAUUAAUGUAGUACAAACAAAGCCAGGAUUAUGGAAUACCCAAAUGACACUUAGUGAACGGACAAAGGCGAAAAAGAAAGUAUUAUGGAAAGAAGUUCAAAAUAUAUUAGGGUUUAUGACUAUGGAUGAGGCAAUGAAAAGAUGGAAAUAUCUAAGAAGUUGUUAUGUGCGUUACAGACGGUUAGCAAACACGUAUGUUCCAAGUGGAUCUGCUGCACAACCGAUUAAAAAACUGAAAGUAUUCCGCUUUUAUGAACUCAUGCGAUUUAUCGAUGAUUCAUUAGAAAAUGCACGAACUGUCAGUGAUUUAUCCGAUUGCGAUAAAACUGCUGAAAGUGCACAAGAAGAGGACAAUUUUUCAAUUGCUUCAACAUCAAAUAGUUCAUGUAAAAAUACACCAUUAUCACGAGCUUCACGAUCGGCACAAACUUCAACAUCCAAUACAAUCUCACAUGAAGCUUUUACGUCGGAACUACGAAACGAGUUUAAAAAUGUUUUAACUACUCCAGUUCCACUAAAGGAUGCCAUUGAUCAUUUUGUAGCUUGCUUAGCAGAUGAGAUGCGAAAACUAUCGAAACAAAAAUGUCGUCAAUUACAAAUAGAAAUUUUGAAACUACUUGCAGAGAUAGAGAAAGAGAAAACCAAAGGAAAGUCAAAGCACAGAAAGAGGAAGUCAAAUAUUUAAUUCAUUCGAUAUAAUUAAAAUUAUUUUAU